UAAAAAUCGAUCAACAAGCAUCACUCUUUACUGAUCUCAAUCGGAUCGCCAGUUGAUUCUGUUACGUAUCACAAACUCGCACAAACUUUAAAACAGAACAUGUGAUUUUCACGAAACUUUUCAAUUUAAAGAUGAUUUAACACCAACCAAUACGCAAGUGGUAUAAAAAACAAGUCGUUUCUCACGGCACGUGGAAGGUGCUGGGCUCUGUUAACGAAGAACUCUAACUACAAUGGAUCACAGUUAUAACAAGGUUUGUACAGUAUAUGGCUCUCCUGAGUUCUUAAAUAAAUCAGCGAUCCCAAACUUCUUUAAAGGGUAUUGUCAAAACUUUCGGAGUUACAGACCACCCAAGCGGUUUAAGCGUCUUUAAAAUCAACAAUCGCAACUGUUGACAUGUUGGAUAGGGUCUCCCCCAUUUAUAUGAAGUAGACUAAUACACGUACAUGGGAACUGUAACGAAGGUUUGUACGAUAGGUUUGCAGACAGAUUGAUAAAAUAUUUUAGUUUGGUAAUAUUUUAAAGCCAUUUGUGUCUGGUUUAAUGCCUUUUUAAUAAGUGUUUUAAAUACGACAUUUACCAAUAAUUCAUUUAUUAGCAUUUUCGAAUAAUGACAUUAUCACUUAAUUGCAUUAAUACACACUCCUCGCAUACGUGCAUAAGUACCAAGAUAUCAACAGUUUGAUUAUCAUUUUUGAUUUGCGAAAACGAGGAAUUUUUUGGUCAUUACUACACCAGACAAAUUGGCGGCUUAAUCGACCGUUUCCUGUAUAUUUGAGCUAUCGAAUCUUAUUUCGUCCGGUUGCGCAAGGCCAGGGGUUGUUAUUGUGUGCGUCAUUCAAAAUGCUUGGAGUUAAAACUGCGCGGACGGCAGAGUACAACAUUAGACGGCAUUAGACCGUGGACUGCGGAUAACGAUAGAACUGUAGAACUAAUCCUGCUUUUAAGGUAGGGUACAGAGGAGCCAGUAUCUGUCGGUAUCCUUAUCCCUACUUUCUAGACAGUAAAAGGCAGAAAGAAAAGUUUCUCGCUUAUCUGUCUUCCCGCCCCUCACUACACUCACAACAACCUUAUCCCCAGGGCUUAGAAUCUGGCCGUAGAAAGGGAAAUUUCUGAGAAUGAGCUUGCAUUCACCGUUAUUAUAGUAUUUCUCAUGCAAGUUUGAUUCGUACUGUCAUUGGUGCAGUGUAGCAAGAACCCAUUAUGGACUCCUGGCCCUUGGAUAAAAGGUAAACCUUAGGUACCAAAACAAAUUCUCUGGGCACCAACUUGCUAACUAUCUUUCCUUAAAGGUAUUGACGACCCUCUCCUCCGCAGAGGUCUUUUUGAGGGUCUCAAUCAGGGUAGUAGCUUAGAAGGUUGCCCGGGGGGUGGACUCCCCAUAUGAAAGGGGUGGGGAUGCUCGUCGUCUCGCUUAGGGGUAUAAAUUUCGGAUUUUGGUCUCACUGAGGGUGUUCUAGAUAAAACGCCAUCAUAUUUAGCCGUGAAGGUCUCGUUUAGGGUUGCACGCGAAAAAGAUAUAAAAAUAUAUAUAUUGUUGUGUUUUAACAUGGUCUCUUUAAGGGGUCAAAAGAAGCUUGGGCCCCUCCCAGAUCGGUCUCCUUUAGGGGUUUAAUUCAAAAUUUCCGACUAGCAUCCCCACCCCUUUCAUGUGCGGAGUCUCCCCCGCCCCCGGGGACGGUUGACGGUUACAUUUCAAGGCUUUUGACGGUUAUUAAGUGAAAAUUGAAGUAAAUAUUAACUUUUGAAUAAACUAGUAACGACCAAAGGUUAGGGAGUGCGGGCGAAAACGAUCAUCGAAGGUCUAAACGCUUUUCGGGCUUUUGCUCCAACGCGAUGCUCUGCGUAAGGUUCACGUGACAGAUGGUCAAAACAAGCGUGAUCAGAUUACGAGGGUAGAAGUCGAAACGCGUGUGAUCAAAUUUCGUUUUGUGCAUUCCAUUCAUUCUGAGUGGUAGUCCAAACGAAUGACUACAUAGAUGCGACACAUGCGUAAUAACAACCUAGACAUUAGGAUUGCGGGCUCCUCUUGUCGCCCACAAUUAAUAUUAACUGUUGUGUUUUGGAGGUUGUCUUAGCCUUUCACUAAUCAGACGUAAUAGAAUUUCGAAAUAUUUUCGACAUUUUCAGCUAAAAGCAAGUUCUAAGGUCUUGUAAUGUCUAGAGAGAGUGUUUUUGAGAGCAUGGGAACUGGUUUUUCCAGUCUGGAUAUUCUUUAGCAACCAGAAGUCCAUGAAGAUCAGCUGAAAUAGCGAGAUUUGAAAUAUCUUGAAACUUUUUGACGGUUAAUAUCAAUCUGAAUUUUUGACGGUUGACGGUUACAUUGUAGGCUGUUUAACGGCUGACGGUUAACCCCAUUGAUACCCUCCUCUUUUUGUCACAAGGAUUUUAGACAGGAGAUAAAUAUGACCCGACCUCUCCCCCUUUGUUCACGGUGUUUAGGCAAUGGCUAAAUUUGCAAUAAUUUUUGUCUACAGACAUAACAAAAAAUUAGCCGUUAAGUCACUUUGUAUUAUUAUUAAAGAAAAAUUUAGCCAUUAAUGAUUACCGCCCAGGGACCCUAAUCUGGGGGAUUUCCACUGUCCUUGACCCUUGACAUUUCACUAAGGUGAUGACACGAAAUUUAAUAUUCUUGUUUCCCUUUUGCAAUAGACACUAACCGCACAAACUCCUGCAUUUUCUACCUCAUUUUUUACAAUCAGCGAUUUCAUAAAUCAUGUUCAACUGACUUUCAUUUUAGGGUAAGGAUCCGAAUUCUAUUGAGAUGGUCGACAUAGGUUUAGAAACGGUGAUAGAAAAUGGCCGAACCCGAGCACCCUCGCUGGAGAGACGCCGAAAUCCACGUCUACGAACUCUUCAGCGGCUUUGGCAGGAGUACAGAUUUCAAAUCACUGUUGUGGUCAUUUCUUUCAUCUUGCUUUUCUACACGAUCGCAGGUAAGUGUUAUUGUUAUAAUAACAAGAAGUUAAUGACUAAACGGAUAUAUACAUGAAACAGGUCCCACUUGUUACCGAUGACGGAAUUCUGAACCAAUGUUUUUCUUGACUCAAAUCACAUAAUCAAUUCAUUUUAAUAAACAAUCCUGUAAAAAGUAUAAUUUUUACGAAGGCUUUUGUUCAUGAAAUUUUGUGCAUGCGUAAUCUCGAGCUACUUCACCUUUCAUCACUCACGUUAACUUGCUGUGUGUUGGAUACCAAUGGCACCAACUCUUACGGGUCCGUCUCAGAAAAGUGUUCACCGACUCCUAAACCUGACCCAUAUAGACAAACAAUUGGAACUCAGCCUAACCAGUUUUCCGUUGUCCGUUGUCCGUUUUCGAGAGGUAUCCCCUGUGGGGAUUUCUCUGAAAAUUUUUAUUCUAAGAAGACCAUUCCCGAACUUCGAACCUUAUAUAUUGCUUUCAAAGAACAGGUAACCCUUACCGACCUUCGUAAAAUUGUUAAACCUCUACGAACUGUAGCUAGUAAUAGACAGACAUUAAGAUUAACUUGACUUGCUCAUCUGUUCUCUAUGCUAAGAGUUCCCUUCCAGUGGAUGUCGCGUAGCAGUUUUCUAAAAAAAAAUUCAAAAAUUCAUCUCAUCAAACCAUUUUAUAUUAUAACCCUCAUACUGAAUAAGGAGGAACUUCUUUAAGGGGGAGUGUCUACCCUGCCCUUAGUCUCUCCGGGACGUCAGCUUUAGGGCCAAGUAUACCACGCUACUUCAUUUACAUGGUGUAGUCACUAAACUCCUCUCUUGUUUUCUGUAGCCAUUUCUGUGUCCGGCUUCCAUAAAGUAAAAGGACUGUUCGUGAUCGCUGUUAUUUUUUGGUUUUGUGUGACGUACAUGUUCAUUCGUGACCAUUGUGGAGAAGCCAUUUUCAACGUGUGCUGUUCGCCAGUUAUUUCACUGUUGAGAAGAAAGUGGAGGUACCUUAGAUGGUAAGUCUGGCUACGUAGUCAGUGAAUUAAAAGGGACGCACAGUCAAACCUGUAUUAAGCGAACCGCUAUUAAGCUGUCAAAUCCGUAUUAAACGAACCGCCCUUGAGCGGUUCUCCCUUUAUUAAGCGGCUGCGCUAAAGCUGCCAAAGCACUACUGUAAAGCCAACCUUUAUCAGUCACCUCUAUUAAGGGGUCGUUGUCACCUUUUUCGUGGUUCCAAAGAGUUGCUUUUUUAUUGUCUUUAUCUCCAUUAUGAUGUACCAUACUAUUACAACGGAAACACUGUGUAUGGCGUUUAGUGCGGGUCUUUUACUUCCUUUCUUUUGGCGCAAGAAGAGGUAGAGACACUUUAAGGUCAAUUUGUCGCGGGAUGGACUUUUCGCUCGCUGGACAUUUUCAUUUCCCUGAAUAACUCUCAGGUUUGCCAAACCCGUAUUAGACGAUCAGCCUGCAUUAAGAGGUUCCCCUGUGUGCUGUUACCUUGUCGUGGUGGGGAAGCUUGCGUGCCUUAAUCACGCUGUGAGCUUUUCCGGCGGAGGCUUUAGCCCCUGGCAGGUCCAACCAAUUCUGGCAGUUUACAGUGGAGAGGACAAACUAAAAGCAGCACCUGGUCCUCCGGGUUGGGGGUUGGGUGUAGGACUAACAACCCCACGCCGGGAAACAACAACGUGUUAGUGAAACUGCAACAACACUAUGCACAGAAACCCUGGGGCAAAUAGGAAACUCUAGCCAAACCAGUGACACCAUGAAAACUCUGGAUGAAAACCCAUCUCAGGAAAUUCGAAAUUCGAAUGAGAGCUUUAUGGGACUCGAACUACCUUCCGCAUUGGAGCAUGGAAUGUGUGCACCAUCUUUGAAACCUCUAAAACAGCGCAGGUCAUAAAGAAACAGUAGAACUACAACUUGGACCUCCUCUUUGUAAGGGAGUGUAGGUGGACUGGGUCUGGACGUAAGGUUACACGCGAUGGCUCAACUACCCUUUUCUCAGGGAAAGCCAACGCACACUUCAGUGGUGUAGUCCUUAUUGCAAACAGAAAACAGCCAAAGCUCUGAUGGCCCGGGAACCCAAUGCGAUGGCCUAAUCAGGGUAAGGUUUGCCUCAGGAUACUGCAAUUUGACUAUCUUGCAGUGUUAUGCCCCUACCAAAGAAGCAGAGGAAGAGUGCUCCUCAAAAGGAUUGAUAGUGCCAUAGAUCCAAACUUAAGUUUGUGUGCAUUUAUGUAGGCAGGAACAGGCUGGAUCUCGUAAAGGCCUAGGCUGCAUAUAUCAAUUUUGUGCUCUUAACAUCAUCGAAUAGUGCAGUGAAUGGAAUGUUCCCUUGCUCACCAACUUUAUUGUUCUGGAGAGGGAAUUCGACAAUGCUCACCCUGAAAGUCUUUGGAAGAUUCUGAGGGCAUACGGAUUACCACUUACAUGUAAGAUAGUUAUCAUCAUAUGGAAAUUUUAUGAACAUUUCGAAUAAACUGUCAUCUUGGAGAAUGCUCUGACAGAGUCAUUCCUGGUUAAGUCUGGAGCUCUUCAGGGUUGUAUUCUCUCUAAAAUCCUGUUUCUAGUAGUCAUCGACUGGCUGAUGCGUGAAACAACUUCAGACAGUCCUCGUGGAAUCCAGUGAAGACCUUAUCUUUGCCGACGAUAUGGCAGUCAUGCCAGCCACUCUUAGCCAUCUCCAAGAAAAUUGCCACUGACUUAGCAAUUUUGCAAAACAAACUGGUCUGCACAUCAACCUUAGAAAGACUUAGGAGAUGUAUGUAAACUGUGUAAAUGCCCCUAUAGCACCCUAAAUCAAUAUCAGUGGAGAUGAAAGGAAGUGCAUUGUACCCAUAAAGACAUCAAGGCCCGCCUUAACAAAGCCAGAGGUGCUUUUAGUCCACUACGAAACACCUGGAAGUCUAAGCAAUAAAGCCUCAAAAUACGAUCAGGCUUUACAACAGCAAAGGCAGUUAUAUAGCUCUGAGUUUUGGUGAGUAACGAAAGGAUAUAUGAGAAAGGUGGAUAUCUUUCAUAAGAGCUGCCUCCGCAAGAUUUGAAAAAUCUACUGGCCCAACAAGUUCGCUAAUGAGGAACUUAUAAGAGGACAAACAGUAUGUCUCUCCAACGAACAGCAGGCUGCAAUGGACUGGUCAUGUUCUUAGGAUACCUAUGGACAGGCUACCCAAAUUUGCCUUGAGAUGUACUCUAACUGAGAAGAGGAAAAGAGGUAGCCAAAAACCACCCGGAGGAGAACAGCGAUGAAAGAGCUGGAGGAGGUGGGACUUACUUGGGGCGAAGCGCAGGCCAAAGGGCGAGGCGCAGGCCAAAGCUAAAGACAGGGUUGAGUGGCGACGUUUGAUUUCGACCUUACGUCCCACCAGGGAUGGAGAGAUUGAGUGAGUGAGCAGUGGCGGAUCCAGGGGAGGGGUAGGGGGCCCGCCCCCCUUAUUUUCAGAACAAUCUGAGGCCCGAAGGGCCGAAAAAUGUUUUUUUUUUUAGACCGGGUGUUCCCCCUUAUCUCAAGGUCAGGAUGAACGCCCCCCUUCCUUAUCUGAAGGUCUGGAUCUGCCACUGGUGAAUGAGUCAGUAAGCCAUUACCCAAUGGUGACCGCUUAAUACAGGUUAGACUGUAGCUAGGAUUUUUACAGAGGUACGCAGUUUUCUAAACCAAACGUAUCUCCAUCUCCCAAACCCUUUCCAAGCUGAUGGGUGUCUUGAUUAUAUUUCGGUUAUCUGGUGAGUCCUGAUCUUGGCCAGCAGCUACAGUUUUCGCGUGUGUUAAAAUCGAGGAAUACUAAGUAAACGUAGUGCAGUUACAUUUAUUUGGCAAAUGAAGAUGAAUAAAGAUAUGACCGUCGCAGUAGUAAUCGCAAUUUGAGCAAUAUGCAAUUUAUGCCCAAAAAUAUUUCUGGGCUUCAACGGGAAUUGAACUACUGCGUUAACGUUAGCGUUGCAGAGCUCUACCAACUGAGCUAUGAAGACCCAUGCAUUAGGAGCAGGCCAGUUUGUUGAGUUCAUCUUGACCUCAAUCUUCAUCUUAGGAAUUUUUAAAAUACAGAAUGAAGAUUUAGAGUUGUAUUUCCGUAGUUCAUAUGAUCUUUAAAAAGAGAUGAAUCUGUUUGCAACCCUUUUCCAGACAAUAAGACUAUGACCAGCUCAGUGAAGACGAGGGGAGUGGUUUCACACUCAAGCUUGGUCGAAAAUAAUCGGGGAUGAAAGCGAAAAAUGGUGCCCGUUCCAGUAAAAUAUAUCUUCCAGAGAUAACGGGUGAUUUUAUAUCCUGUUCCAGAUUCCGAUAAGUAAAAAGCCCUCCUCGUUGAGCGUCACGUUCCCAUAUAUCGCUCAUAUGGGAGUACCCCCGCGAGAGCCCGUUAUCCAAUAUAUAUGAUUUGUUUUUAUAGGAUUGUUCUAUUGGUUGCAUUGACGUUAAUUGGUUUAUGGUUUGGUCUGGAUACCGCUAAGGAGCCUAGAAGGUUCAUAUCAUUGGCAGGAAUGGUGGUUUACGUGGGGAUUAGCUAUCUAUUCUCAGUUAACCGGAGAAAAGUGAGUUGUUGUGUAAAGAUCGUAUGUUAAAACGAAUCCAAUGUUUACUUCUUUAACGUUUUGGGGGCUUGGAAUACUUAAAGAUAGCCUGUUCACAGACCCUCUAUUUUCUCUUCAAAGUCCGUCGAGCGCAUGAUAAAAAUUAAAAUUCGAAACAACGUCUGUGUACAGGCUAACUGCAAGAUAUUCUUACAGCUUUUAUUUCAGCGAUAAUCAUCUUGAAGAAUCGAAAAUAUUAUAUUUGUCACUGUUAGGCCCCUCUGCUGAGUACGGAAGUACCCGUUGCAAUCAUUUUUUUAUUGUCCAAGUAUUGGGCCGAUCCCAAAUUUUUUUUGGACCCUAAGAUGUCUUUUGGCUACCAAUCUUCAAUUCAAAACGGCUAGAAGCCCCUUUUGCUCUCAAAAUCACCUCCACUUCCACCUCUUCUGGACGCUUAGAAUUGAACCAGAAUUUUCCCUUCUUCCCACCAGCGAGGCCAAAAGGGAAAGGAAAAGUUCAAAGGGUCGGGCUUAGAAAUCGGCCACAAUAACAAUGUUUCCUGCUUUCGUCGCCUCCAUCUCUAUGUCCAUGAGUCUUCGAAGAAGCUCAGAGAUCUGUAAACUUAUGACAAGAGCAAAUGCUUUUGGAUUCUCGUUUUUCAGAUAAAAUGGAGGCCCGUUUUGUGGGGUAUGAGUUUGCAGUUUGUCUUUGCUCUAAUCAUUCUGAGGACUUCUCAGGGAUUUACAGCUUUCAAAUUUAUUGGUGAUUCUGUGACAAGAUUUCUAGAAUACACGGAUGUUGGCUCAGCCUUCGUCUUUGGAGAAGCUUAUAUAGUCCACUACAUUGCAUUUAAGGUAGGGCCGGAGAAUUAAUCAGUAUCCUAUUUAUUCAUUGAAAAUAAAAAAGAGUACGAUUCGCUGCUAGCUGAGUGAUCCAGUAUAAUUUACUCGAUAAAAUCCGUUGAUAAAUUAACAAAAUCAUUCCUGAAACUGAUUAAAAAGAAGCAAAGUGUCUAUUACCUAUCACCAUCGGCUCCAUCACAAAGUUUAAUUUUCCAAAAUCAAGUUUCUAACUUUAUUAGACAUUCAAAGUGCUUUCGAAAGCUAAUGUGAAUACCGUAUUUGCUCGAAUAAGCCCCUCAACUGCGGCGCUUAUUCGAUCUUCUGUACUACACUAACACAAUUAACUUAUUUUGACUUUCUCUAUAUCGGGGCCGCGACGCUUUUUCGGGGGCGGUGCUAAUUAACUUUCUUUCCUCUCAAAUGCGGCACUCAUUCGAGGCACACGCUAAUUCGAGUGAAUACGGUAAGCUCAUCUCGUGAGUUCCUUUUUCGAAGUAGAUGAGGCCAAGACCGCAGCAAAACGUCUACGCAUGCGCCGGGUUGAGAUUUCUGGUCACGUUUUUAGUCACUCUUUCUAGUCAAAGUCUCCCGCGCGCACUCGGCUUCAUUUUGUGUGUAGCCUGCGUUUUGUUGUUCCUUUUUCAAAAUAGGUGAGGUCUAUGAGGUUAUGUAAAAUAUCUUGGCUUAAUGAUUGAUUCAAAUCUUUCAUGGAAAUACCACAUCGAAUCUGUCUGUCACAAAAUCAGCAAGUCGAUAGGAAUUAUAGCUAAAAUUCGACAUUAUGUCCCGCGUCGUGUUUUACUUUCAGUUUACAACUCAUUAAUUGUCCCUUACUUGACUUAUGGUAUUUGUGGUUGGGGAAAUUGUGCCUUGACAUUUCAACGAAAGAUCGUAACUCUACAAAAACGGGCCUUACGUCUCAUUUACUUCAGUAAGUCUAAGGAACACGCCGUACCCUUCUUUCUCAAAUCAAAUUGCCUUCCCCUGCCUAGCAUAUUUUUCAGAGAUUGUAGCUAUUUAUUGUAUGAUAUCAACAGACAGACAGCACCAGUUAGUAUUCUCAAUCAGUUCGUUAAAACAAGUCAGAUUCAUAACUACAGAACAAGAUCUGUCUCUAGCGACUCGUUUUAUGUUAAGUUCUCUAGAACCGAUAAAAUGUAUGCCUUUUUCACGAGAAUCGGUGCCCAAAUUUGGAACUCUAUUCCGUAUUCGAUUAAAAUACUUAAACGUUCGUCCUUUCGUAAAAAAAUAAAGGAAUUAUUACUAAAUUUUUUGCGGUCAGAAGAUGAUUAUGUCGAAGUCUCCCGUCUUAUUAAGUUAUUUAAUACUUUAGGUUAACCUCUCUUCGUAAUCGUUAUGUACAUGCCUUGUUUUAUGUUAGUUUAAACUCUAUUUACUGUAUUGUAGUCUCUUCACUGUUAUUUAGUCCAUCUAUAUAGAAUUCUUGUUUUGUAAUAUGUCUUCAGCUCCCCCCGCCUCGAUUAGUUCAUAAGCUAUUUGCGGGUGGGAAAGUAAUGUAAUUAGUUAUUUUCCAAUUUUCAAUAAAAUUUGUUUGUUUUUUGUUGUUUGUUUGUCUUUCAUUUGAUCGUUUAAGCUCAAUGAGGGGUUCCCGGCAAAUGUAAGGACUGCCGAAAAUUUAGUUCUGAUAAACCAUAGUCAAGGAAGUUAACUGAUCUUGUUUGAAAUGUCUGUCCAGGUCCUCACGGUGAUAAUUUUCUUCAGUUCUUUCAUCUCGGUGCUGUACUACUUGGGUGUAAUGCCGCUGAUCAUAUCUAAGAUUGCCUGGCUUAUGCAGAUCACUAUGGGAACUUCUGCUGCCGAGUCUCUCUCAGCUGCCGGAAACAUUUUCGUUGGACAGGUAAGAUUACUAAUUUCACCUCCAGAAAUAAAUGCUACCUUCAUCUUGCAGAGAUCUUUCGCUCUCAAUUUCAACCUGGCCACACUGUAAUUAUUUUCUAGACUGAGGCACCGUUGUUGAUCAGACCAUUUCUCGCAACCCUCACUCAGUCUGAGCUUCACGCUGUCAUGACAGGAGGCCUGGCCACUGUGGCCGGAGGUGUUUUGGCGGCAUAUAUUGGAGUUGGGAUCCAGGCUUCGCAUUUGAUAUCAGCCUCUGUGAUGUCGGCUCCUGCUGCUUUAGCAGUAUCCAAAAUCAUGUAUCCGGAAACAGAAGUACCGGAAACUACGUCACAAGACACAAUACAUUUCGAGAGGCCGUAAGUGACAAAUUGGUAAUCUUUCCAGUCACAGUAUAUCACGUUAGACUCGGAGAAUUCUACAUUGACCCCACAUGGAUAGAUCACGGUAAUUAAUGAGGCCUAGCAAGAGAGGAUAAAAGUGUCUUCUCAUGGGCCUGGCCACUAAGCAAGACCCAAAGAUGUUUCUUUUUUCUGUAUUGCAUUCAGCUAUUAAGGAUUUUCUUUAUCUUACUAUACAAGAGCGACCAGCAAUCAACAAAUACAAAAUAUUUCAUCUUUUAACAAAUUCUCUGUACUGAUUAUUAUGUGGAUCAGAUUGGGGCUUUUAAAAAAGAGGUAAAGGGUAAAAAAUCCCACUUUCGAGGUUGUUUUCUUCCAUUACGUAAUUUCACGCUCUCACCAUAACGAUACAGCAACAACUGGAGUUCAAUAACCUACAAGAACAAUUGAAGUUCAUAAAAGAAAAACGUCAAACUUGCUACGGGUAUUUCGUUUCUCUCAAAAAUAUGUUGGGGUGGCGUAGAGUAGACUUUUCUUAACUGGCUUCAUCUGGCUUCUUUGCAGAGAGGAAAGAAAUGUAAUCGAGGCAGCCGCUAAGGGAGCAAGCUCUUCCAUUUCUCUGGUGGCAAAUGUGGCAGCGAUGCUCUUGACAUUCUUUGCUUUUAUUGCGUUCUUUAACUCGAUUUUGUCAUACAUAGGCAGCAUGGUGGGCUACUCUAAAUUGAGUUUUCAGGCAAGUUUAAGAAUUUUAAAAAGCUGUUUCAUUAGCCACUUAAGGAAAACUGUGAGGAGUGAACUUUCGCAAAGACGUCUGGGAUUGGUACUAAGGACAGGGAAAAAAUCAAGACAAUAUUAGGGACUUUAAGAUCCAACGACGCGGGGGUAACGAGAACGCCGCGUUAAAUGUGAAUUUGCGUUCUUUCAGUCUAUAUAGCGAUUAUUUCUACCCACUCACUUUGUCAAAUGUAGGCAACCCUCCUGAAGCUGAAUUUCAAGUGACUAUAUACAAGCUCAGAAAGAGAAAUAAUACUUCGUCGUUGCUUGUUUACGUCCUCCAUAAAACGCGACACUAGGCAUUUUCAUGUCGUAGUCGUGCAAAAACGGAAAAGAAAAGUACAAAAUAGUUUGAUGCACGUGCGAGUUUGUUGUUUUGCUUAUUAAACCUAUUGUUUUUUUGACGUUCUCGUUGGGUCGCGUCGUUCGAUCUUAAAAUCCCUAAUAGCUGACUGGCGCAUCUCCAGUAACGAUCCCAGAAGCAAUUGCGGGACGCAUUUCGGAUCCAGUUCCCGUCUCGUUUCUAAAGUGGCGAAUUGAGCCACGACGAUUGACUAAUUGUCCAAUGACAACACACAUAAUCAAGAGCUUGUUACCUCUCCCCACUUUCCACGGAGCGUGAAUUUCAAUAACCUCUGGGCCACAGCGUGUUAGAUUGUAAGGCUAGAUUCGCCCUUCGCGUCAAAAAAUCGCCCAGCCAAUCAGAGCACCGUAGGAUUUCCAGCAGUGAUGAAGAGGAUAGUAGGGAGUUUAACUGAUUAAAGAGCCUUGUAUGUGCGCACCAAGCCCGGGGCCUCUAUCGAAGGGAUCGAAUCGACUACCAUGUUGGAGUGUGCAGCAACCUCUUCCCAGGGCGUUCCCCUUGAGCAGGUUGAGUGUGCGGGCGUUGAACACAUCGAAUGUUAGCGAAAAAAAGAAAACUUUAGAGACUGAAACACUUAACCGCAGUGACACUUUGCCAAUAGACGACGCUCCAGGGUGGUGCUCUCCAGUCGCAGUCAAACCGGAAAGGAAAAAAAUCCAUUCUUCAUAAUAGGAUGUCGUGAGACUUGAUAUUCGUUCCUGUUGACCUCUCCCGUGGUCAAUAACUAAAAUUUAUCAAUUCAAUUCAAUUCAUUUUAUUUUCACUCUUUCUUUAAGGUAAUUUGCUCCUACCUGUUUAUGCCAUUUGCCUUCCUCAUGGGUGUAGAUUGGGCUGAUUGCAAUGCUGUUGGAAUGUUCCUGGGUAUCAAAACAUUUCUCAACGAGUUAGUAGCCUACGUUGAGAUGGCACCAUACAUAAAGAACAGACAGGAAAUGAACGGAGAACCUUCUAUAUCGGUAGGAGAAUUACCCAAAAUGCGGUGAAUAUUGCAAUAAACCGUCCUCUAAGUUCCGCCCCUUACAGAGUAUAAUCCUUGAUUUUUCUCACCCCCCCCCCCCCCCCGCCUUCCCCAGGAGAAUGGAAACUGCCUCGGAAGGUACGAAAAAUCGGGCCGAAUCUAGAUAAAAUGACUUUGUUUGACUGGGGAAGGAAAGUCAGUUUUGAUCCAAAUAAGUAGUACAGGACAUUGUACAGGACGCAUCGAAGAAACCGUUUUAUUCGUGGGGGAAUCUCAUGAACUUGCCUAUGACGCCAUAGCUUUUGCAGCUAUUUGUCUUUAACUCAUGAUAGAAAUGCAGAGGAAUCUCAUUAAGAUGAGGUCAUGUUCUACUUUUAGGUGAUUUAAUACUUUGAACUUGUUUCUAGGUAUUUCUAGGUCGAGGAAGGUCUUGCUUUUUGAUUGAUUAUGCUAAAAACUAAAAAGGUAUUCAAUGGUUGAUUUAUGGUGUAGUAGUGGAGAGAAUGGUAACGGCGGUGAGGGGAAAGCAAUAGAGAUAAGGAGAAACAAAAAAGGGAGGAAAAAAGGAGCUACUAUCACGAAUUGUGUGCCUAAGCAGCUGGAAAUAGAACUUUUCUCUUUACGUUACGGCUUAGUGAUUAUAAGUCACAGGCGAGCUGGCGCUUAUUUCUUCGACAACAUGAAUAAACCAACGAAUACUUUUCUUGGUUUUUAGUCAGCCAAUCAAAAAGCAAGACUUUCAUUUACAUAGAAAUAACUAGAAAACCUGUUCAACGGGUUAAACCGCAUUUUGCUCCUGAGAUAAAAACAAAACAUACAAGACAAAAGGCUACGACAUGAUUGGCGUUAAUAUACCCCCCGGUAAGUCAAUGACAUUCCUGGGUAAAAACCGGAUAAUUCGGUGCGCCCUAUACUACUCAAAUUAUCGAAAGGUUUGUGAGCCCCAGGUUUCGGGAAGUCGGCAUUCUACCACACACCCUUUUUGGGCCUUUUUUGGCAAAAAGGUAACGUUUUCAUAUACCUUACAUAAAACUGUCAUCCCUUCCAUGAUUUUGAUGAUAACAUCGAGAAAGUUUGUAAAUAAACAUUAUUUUCUGAACGUUGGCGCUCUGAUAUAAUAACAAAACAUGAAAAAGUGAAUUCUAAAACUGUAUAACAUUUUCUUGGUCUCACCUUUUGUAGCGCCGAUCGGAGGUCAUCGCUACAUACGCACUCUGUGGCUUUACGAAUUUUCUUGGCCUGGGUGUAUUACUUGGGGGUUUGGGACCGAUGGCGCCAAGCCGACAGAGUGACAUGGCGAGGAUUGCUAUAAGAACCCUGUUUGCCGCCACCAUAGCCUGCUUUAUGACUGCCAGUAUUGCUGGUAAGUAUCUUGAUAUGGUGGCUUGUAAGGUAACAAAGACGCGCCGCUUGAAGGAGUCCUUAAAACGUAAAAAGAGCAGUUUUCCACAAACUGAAACAAAUCAUCUUACUUUUCACUUAGCUUGGAGAUUACCGCAAUUACUCCCCAAGCAUUGUUGUAAUUUGACAAAAGAGACAAUAUCGGCAUUUUUCCUCAAAACCUCACAAAUACUGAAAUCGACAUCCUAUGGGUACCUGACGACUUGGUAUUAGUAUCGACAAGAGUCUUUUGGCGUUUAUAACCAUCUAAAACAAACCGCUAGUUUUACAGACAUUAAUAAUUAUCCAAUAAACGCGGUCAAGAGAUCAUGACGGGGUUCAAUUUGUAAAUUUCCUGUUCAUUUUGUUUUGACUUGAUAGGUUUUCUGUACGAUGAGUCAUUCGAAGGAGUGGCCUCUGUCACGCCAACAAGUAUAACAACACUGGCGCCAACUACGUCUACAUAGACCACGCUUAAUAGGGAGUUUAAGAUAGGCUGCGGGGUUUGCAACAAGAACGUUAAAACAGCAAUAGAUUUUUUGGAAUAAACGUGACGGUUUUUUCACGUGUGCACCAUGCUAUUUGGUCCACUUCUUUGCCGUCAGGACUACGACGUGAAUUUUCCUGAUGCGCCGUUUUAUGGAAGACGUAAAAACCAGUCGACCGAUUUUUCUUUCUCUUUCUAAACUUGAAUGUGGUGUUAAUAAGUCAAUUCCAGGAGAAUUCGGCCACAUCUGAAAAUGAAUUGAGUUGGAAUAAUGCCGAUAAAGUUUAAAGGAGCAAAAGAUCACUUUCUAUAAAGAAACGUUUUCACUGCUGUCCCCGUUCUCUAUUUUAAACUCCUAACAGCUUAAUCUGACGGAGAUGCCUUCGCUAGUUGACCAGUUCCUGGUUUGUUACUGGGCAACUGAAAGAAAAAAUUAAUCAUUGUCUGACUACAUGCCAACAUGCUCGCUCGUUUUCUAACGCUUUAAAACUCGCGAACGUGUAUGUAUCGUAUCUAUGUAAGUAUCCU